GCGGCGAACCUAGCUAUAUAUUCGAUAGCUGUUGAUACAGAAAUCAUUCAUUCUUCGAAAAUUUGUGAAAAAGAGCCCUAUCUCGAAUUCCAAAAUCUUAUUUUAAAAUAAUUUUGUUAAAUUACCGUUUUAUUAUUAAUUUCGAAACAAAGAUUUAGACAAGAAAUUAUAGAUAAACAUAAAAUGAAAUUCAUUCUGAUAUCCUGGUUAAUGGUGAUCGGAUUCGAGUGCGUACUGGUAACUUGCCAACAAGACAUCCCACUCUGGAGUGGUCAAGCUAUAUCUAAAGAGAUUUUAAGGCCCUUUUUCUUAGAUUCAUCAUCAGAAGAAUCACCUGAUUAUGAAAAUCAGAAAACACAGGCUCUUUCAUCGUACUCAACGAGACAAAAUGCUGGAAGUAUUAAAAAACGAGUUGCAAUGGGAGUAGAUUUACCUGAUUAUAUUUUACACUACAGAGGAAAAUCACCAGAUCUUGGAUCAUUUCGGGAACGAAUGCAGAUCAGUGGAAGGAGGUAAAUAAGAGAAGAACAUUAAAAAAAUGAAUUAUAAUCAGAGAUAUUUUUAUUUGCACUUUGUGUUUGUGAGCUCUUCAUCAUCAUUGAAAAAGAACUGAAAAAUAAAAGAUGAAAGGGAAUAUUCCUAGUCAUCGUCAAACAGCGAUCAUUUUGUUUUUUCCAAGUGCAUUCUUUUAAAUUAUAAAUGCUGGUUAUGGCACACCAUCAUUUUCAAUUAUUAAUAACAAUGGAAUAUGUAUUUUGAAAGUUUAGCAUGUAACUUAUAUAUUAUAGAUGUUAUGUAGUUCUUAUGGUUAAUAAAUAUUAAUUUAAAAAA